GUUCGCCACGAAGACAACAAAAUCACGGUUUUAUAAGAGAUGGGGUGAAAUUUCUUAAUUUGGGGUCAUUUUCCUCCGCUUAAUUGCCUAUUAUACGAUGCAGGGGAUAUGGAGCUUGAUAGGAAAGAUUGGAACUGGUGCUGCACAAAAUUUUCCUUACGAAGUCGGUGAUAAAGUGGGAAAUCUGGAGGACAAAUCCGUGUGGGCACUGCAUGAAGGAAAAAAGAAAGUAAGCUCUGGUUUAGAUGACCGGAAAUUAUUUAACAGAAGAAUGAGCAUUAACUUAUAAUACCUCGUUGGUUGUUUUUAAGGGCACUGGAGAGAUCGUGUCAGUGUUCGUACAUGAUGUAAAGUCAUCUUCAGAAGAUAAGGUAAUAAUCAACGGGGACAGGCAUUUGGGUAGACGGGGGAUGGAAUUUAAUCAUAGAAUUGUGACUUUUGUGUCAGCAUUACUUUCCUAUUCAUAUAAAAGACAUGUCAUGGGAGAUUGCAUACUGAACAAGAUAAAUACUCCUAUAAAAAACAAAUGUUGCUUUGCCCAAGCAAAGGUUACCCAUAUCAGCCUUCCAGAAACCAGUGUUAGGACUGAAGCCAGUGAUCUACACCGUAGGUCCUCCUCUGUUUGCCUGUACGUUUUUAUUACUAACUAGCCCCUUUUAUUUUUUGCUUCAAUCAAUGACAAAAUUGUUGAGACACUCUCCUCAAAUGGGGUGACUUCUGAGAACGAAACAAUCCACACACCUCCCCCCUUCUUUAAUUCCAUUCAAAGUUGGGGUGAUAUCAAGACCCCCCCCCCCCCUUGGAAAUUCCAGGGGGGGGGGGGGUUGGACAAUUAAAUCACUUUUUAGGGGGUUAAUAUCCUUUUGUUUUUGACCUGAGUUUAAACAUUGCCAUCUUACCAACCUGGUAGAUCAUUCUAAGGACAUAAAUAACUUAAAAGAUUGUUCCUUUUGAUCUUAACCAGGUUUUCUUUCUUCCAAAAGCGUUUUGGAUGCAAUUUUCAAAGGAAGUUGACCAACUACAGCUCAUUUUAUCGCAUGCUCAUAGAUUUGGCCGCCAUUACCCGUUACCAGACUCCCGAACUGAGCUUAAGCCCAAGGGUCAAUUUAAUUUACCAGUGCAUCCUUUCUGUCGUAAUUGUUUUAAGGUUCAAACUGCCAAGGUAGCCCUCAGAAGACUGAAAACUCUUCGUCAUCCUAAUAUUCUACGAUUCAUAGAUGCUCUUGAGGUAAUGGUAACUAGCAAUCCGAGUCACUUUUAUAAUUAACAUAGAUUUAAGUUACAAUAAACAGUUACAUAUAAAUGUUACAGUUGAUAGCGACUUGGCCGAUCAAACCAUCAUGUGAUCCUUUUACAAGUCUUAAAGAAUAUUAUCCAAUGCUCCAGAAAUGCAUUAUACAUUUGUAUAUGUUAUGGUUCAAAUUUUUUUUCCGGUCGAAAUAUUAUCCAGUGCUCCAGAAAUGUUCCUUUGUUUCUUUGUUUCUUUGUUUUUUUCCAGUCAGAGACAGUAAUUUACUUGGUGACAGAGCCAGUGAGACCACUGGAAGUACAGCUUAAUGAAGAAGAAAAGUCUGAUCUGGCUAUAUCUUGGGGGUUACAUCAGAUAACAGUUAGUAUAAUUCUAAAUAGAUAUGCCUGAUUCAGAUAAAGAAGAUCUGGCAAAUCAGCAGAAGUGUCAUAAAUCAUAUAAAUAUAUAUUGAACAAAUAAUUUCUGACCCAGACCAUUUCUUAGGCAGCUUUUAUAUUUAGGUCUUUGAUGCAAAGUUUAUUAGCUGUCUCUUCUAUACAAUAAAGUUAAUUUUCAUAUCGCAAGUUUUUUUUUAAACAAGCUAAAUCUGCUUCUAAACCACAAUGCACCCAUUAACAACACCCAUUAACAACACCCAUUAACAUAACAGCUUUCUUUUGCCUUAGUAUGGUUUGUGUGCUUAUUCUGUUAUUGUUAUGAUUUUUCAUUUAUUAACAGAUGUAAAAGUUAUUUUAAUUUGUUGUUUUAGGCAGGCCUUAGUUUUCUUACAAAUGACUGCAGCUUAAUUCAUGGAAAUGUGUGCAUGGCAUCUGUGUUUGUGGAUGUGGCAGGAGAAUGGAAGCUUGGUGGAGUGGAAUAUCUUAAACCUGUAGAGCCAGCUCCAAACAGCGAGGCGGAGCCUGAUCUUCCUCGACUACCAGUUUUACAGGUCUAUGAACCUCCUGAGGGGAGAAAGUUUAGUAAAGCUAACAAGAGGAUUGAAAAAUGGUGAGCUGUUCUGCAGUUUAAUGCUCUUGUAUUAUAAUAUUAUAUGUACUGCUGGCACCAGUUGUUUAAAGGAUGGAUAGCACUAUCCAACAGAUAAAUCACUAUCCACUAGAUAGGUAUUAUGAAAACCAAUUGCAUUAUCGACACUGGAUAGAAAUUUAUCAAGUGGAUAGUGUUAUCCACCUUUUAAACAACUUGGGCCUGUUCUUAUGCAAAUAAAGGUACUAAGAAUGGCCAGGUACCUUAAUCUGAAAGUAAGGACUUAUUUCCUUGCAGGUCAGCAGAUAUGUGGGGUCUUGGCUGUUUAAUAUGGGAAGUCUUUAAUGGUUGUUUGUCCAGGACAGCUUCCCUCAAGUCUGUUGGUAAAAUUCCAAGGAAUCUUGUACCAGAUUACGUGCAACUUGUUGGAGCCAAUCCUAAAAGCAGACCAAACCCUGCAAAAUUUCUGCAGGAUUGCAGGACUGAUGGACACUAUCUUAAGAACAGCUUUGUUGAUGCCAAUUUAUUCUUACAAGAAUUGCAGGUUUGCUUUUUACCAACAUGUAUUGUUUAGGUUUUUACAUAUUUGGCCAAUGAUGUAAUUUCUCUCAAAUCGAGGCCCUGGGUAAUUUUCAUGUAUUUAUACAUGCAUACUCGAUCAAUUCAGAAACAAAGUGUCAAUUAGGAUAUAAAAUGUAAGUAUCAUGAAGAAUACUUGACUGUAGGACAUGGAAAACUUUUAGUAAGGAAAUCCUGUUUCGUGAAGAAUUAAUUUCUCCUCAUGCUUCUCUCACGGCCCUCUCUUGCGCCCAAAAUCCCUUUUCCCUUCCCUUUCGAGCGCCUGCCAUGCAAGCUACAAACAAGCUCAACUUAACAUUUUACAAGCGUUCUUGUUUUAUCAUGGACUCCUGCAUAAUAAUAAAAUGGCAGUAAACUGAAGAAUAUUCUUUGCCUUGGCCUAGUAGUAAAAUGUAAUCAAAGGACCUUGAUCAAUUUAUUUCUCCAGUCAUCAUUCUCAUAAAUUAUUGUACAUCAUGUGCAUGUAGCAUAAUCAUGAAAGAUGCAAAAUAUCAGUAAAAUAAUAGUGCAGGCUGACAAUACUGCUAAUUUUGUCAGUUGACUUUUGAUAAUGAUUAUUUGUAACUUAUAAUAAUAAUUGUUAUCAUAAGUUAUAUGAUAUUUGUAUUAUUAACCCUUUAAGUCCUGAUAGUGACCAAGAUCAAUUUUCUCCAAACAAUAUCCAUAUGUUACCCAGAGAAAUGGUUAUGAGAGUUAAUAAAAUGAUCACCUAAGAGAAAAUGCUUUGAUCUUCUACCAAAUUCUCUCAACUUAUUCCUUAAGGAAAUGUAUAAAGACAAGUUUGGAGAAUUUGUAUGUGGAUAUUGGGGCUUAAAAGGUUAAUGAUAAUAUUGAUAAUAUUUCAAGGCUUAGUGGUUGAAGUCCUCCUUCUAUUGUCAACAGAGCACAUGAAUAGUUUAUUACUGCCAUGGUAACAGUAACAUGCAGAUACAUUUGCAUGAUCUGAUUCUUAACUUUACUGUGCAAUUUUUAUUCUUACUGUAGAUUAAAGAGCAUAAGGAACAGAAGAUGUUUUUCUCAUCCCUGAGUUCUUCACUGGAUUCUUUUCCUCAGCAAUACUGUAAACACAAAAUCCUUCCACAGCUGCUUAAUGCUUAUGAAUAUGGAUCAGCAGGCAGUGCUGUGCUUGGACCUCUCUUCAAAGUCAGUAAUCUAUUUCCCUCUAUAAAUUAUAUUCACCUGGACCCAGUUGUUCGAAGGCGGAUUCGCACUUAACCCGCGGUUAAAUUUAACUCUUGUUUCUUUUUCUUGUGUUCAAAAGCAUUUUCUCGAAUAAUUUUCUCUGUUAUUUUUAGAGCUUCCAAUCAUCAACUUGUAGACAAAAAGAAUUAAAACUGAAAUGCUUUUUAAGCAUUCAAAUCUGAAUUCAAAUCUCGCACUAACCCUGGGUUAUCUUAACCCAGCUUUGAACAACUCGGCCCUGAAUCGUUGUAAAUUCCAAGACAAAAAGUGUUGGUUAGGAAAUGUAAGGAAUUCAAAACCUGUUAAGUUUUGUUUUAAAUUCUUGGCAUCAUAGGUUGGUAAAUUAUUGGACACAGAUGAAUACCAACAGAAAAUAGUACCAUGUGUGGUCAAGCUAUUCUCAUCAACAGACAGAGCUACACGUAUCCACUUAUUACAACAGGUAUAAACAAGUUUGUUUGCAAUUCCGCUCCUGUUUUACUUUGAUUACCUGCAUAUAGCAAAAAGGAAAAAUGAUAUUAUUAAACUACAAUGGUAAAGGUACAAGUAAAAUAUGUGUCAAAAUAUUUGUUUCAGCUUGACAACUUUGUCCAGCACCUGAAGCCAUCAACUGUAGAUGAGCAGAUCUUUCCUCAUGUUUCUCUGGGUUUUGGAGACACAGUACCAGCCAUGAGGGAACAAACAGUUAAGGUAUAAAAUAGCCCAGCCUGCCAUGUUGUUGAUUUUGAUGAUAAAUUUUGCCUUAUAUUUAGAUGGCCCAAACUUGCUCUACUUCAAAAUACAUAUUGGUUAUUGAGCACUGAGUACUUGUAAGCAAAAUGAAACUGUUGUUGAUUUAAGUGUUUGAUUCCUUACAGUCAAUGCUACUUCUUGCUCCAAAAUUGAGUGAGAAGACAAUCAACAAUCAGCUACUGAAAUACUUUGCCAAACUUCAAAUGGACCAAGAGGUAAUAUUAUCUUUUAGUUUUUCAGAACUGAGCUCCGGCCAGUUGUUUAUCAUUUUACACCUAACUGUCAAUAGUGAAUAUCAAUAGUUGAAAAGUUUUUGUGUUCCGUGCUUUAUUUUAGCUCUAAUUAGGUUUGUACAGAAUGUAGUUGUAUCUUUGGGAUUUAAGCAAUACAUUGUCAAGAUUAAAUUCUUGAGCUAAAAUUUUUGUCUUACUUGUCACAGGCUGGCAUUAGAACAAACACUACAGUCUGUCUGGGAAAAAUUGCUGUCAACCUUCCACCAGCUGUAUGUACUUAUAUCGGUAGUUUUAAACUGAUUAUAACAUCCUACAUUGCUGGCAGUUUUGUUAUUCGAACUUGGAGAAAAUGAAAUGGGCGGGCGGUACGGUGUUUCUCAUUGUUUCCAGCCAUUCUCUUUUCAGCUUGACUGCUCACUCACCCUCCCCUCCAUGGUUCCUCACCAACAAAACCACCAGCUAUGCCAGCUAAAAUUAUUAUAAGUUUUUGUAACUCUUUGUUUUGUGGACUAAGAUCCAAAUUUAACAAUUAGUUGCCCUUUGUAAAAAGUCAAGUUUAUUUGAAUAUAAGUGUAUUCAACACACGGUGCUGAUUAAGGGGACAAAUUUUUACAUGUCCUGCUGGAGACGGGACCGCUAUUUCCUCGGGGUCAGUCAAGCGGACGGUGUAGCAGUUUACAGAGCAUUUCUGUAGGUAAAAUGUACUACCAUUGUCCUCAUUUGUUGUGAUUAUUGUAUCCUGCGUGAAGCUGCUGCAUCUCGUUUUUUUCGUGGUAUGAUUUAAGGCCUUUCUUUCUUUCUUUACGAUAUACCGUUUAGACCCAACAUUAUAUAACCACACUUACUAGUCUAGUCAAGCCUGUUAGAAUUAAUCUCGCUAUGUUUUGGUCCCUGCUUAUUUAGUUGGCUCUUGUUAAACAACCCUAAAUAUAACUAAGGGACAAUUUAAUUAGUCAAAAAUGGACUAUUGACACAGGGUCCCCUUUUUUCUUUUGCAGACCCGUCAAAAGGUGUUGAUCCCUGCGUUCUUGCGUGCUUUGCGAGAUCCUUUUCCCCCGGCCCGCACAGCUGGCGUGAUGGGCUUUCUUGCUUGUGUGGAGUUUUUCAGUUUAAAGGACUGUGCUGUUAAAAUAUUACCUGCUUUAUGCAGCCUUACAAUGGACACAGAACGCAAAAUCAGAGAUCAGGUAAAUAAUACUGGAAAAAUGUUUGAUUCAUCAGAGUAUCCAGCAAGGCCGGGGCAGUAAAACAAGCACUUAGUCAGUCUAUCACUCUGUUUGGGAUGAAACGCAAGGGUUUUCACAGAGAAAAAGGAAAUGAAAUCGUCCAAAUCUGUGCUUAACAUGAUGAGUUACAGACCCGGAUAACUUUGUUCCAUAGAACUUGUUGAUACCGGUCAAACUUUGAAUUUUCUUUCAGUAGCGAUUUAUUUUGUUUUCUCCUUAAAGAUGAAACAAACCGUGAGUUAGUGGUAGUCGUAACGUAACUGUUGUUUGUCGAUACAUUUUACGUUUCUAGUGAGUGGAGAAGUCAACAAUACUUGAAUUACAGUACUAAUUACAGCUACCAGGUUAUAACGCUUAGUUUAGUUUAGUUUAGUUUAGUUUUAGUUUUAGUUGAUUUCACCACAAAAAAAAAGAAAAGAAACCAUAAGCCUUAUAGAUAUUGGGCUCUCUCAGAGUAUAAAAGUAUAAGUUUACAAGGCCAGGAUCGAGUGUAUACCAAGUAAUUACAUGACGUUGAUAACAAGUGGAUAACUAAUAUAAAUAUGUAUAAAUAAAGUAUAGUAACAAGCGUAUAACCCAAAUAAGUAACUAAAAUAAGUAGCUCUUGCUACUUUGGACACGGUACACAAAUGAGCUUAAUGUCUUUUAGUUAAUUAUUAUUUGUCAGCUACUUUAUUUUCCUACCUACGUGCACUUAUGUAAAUAUCUUAUAUAGUGUGAAUAAAGAAUUGAAUUGAAUUGAAUUGAAUUAAUUGUUAAGAAAUAGUGCUUUGGUUUCUGUUUCAUGCAGUUCGUUCCAUGUGUCUCUUGUGUGUUUAUGUGUGUGCAGGUCUUCAAAGCGAUAAAGCUUCUCCUUGGUAAGCUUGAGAAAGCCUCAGAAGAUCCUGAGUCGGCCAUGAACCAGGCAGCAGGUUUGUCAGACAGCUAUGAUGUUAUCGACGCUACUAUAUUUCACCGCAAAUUAACGUGAUUCCACCGCAGAAAAACGGAUAAUUAGGAGUGCCCUAUACUACUCAAAUCCCACUGCAAUAAAAUUAACAUCCCACCUAAGGCGUAGGUGAAUUAUCUAUACUCUUAGUUUUUAGUUUCUUCGUGCCCCAACAGUUGGGUUACAAGACGUUCAGGCAGAUUGAUCCAGUUGUUGUCUUCAUACUCUUGUAUCUUCCAGAGAUCCUGGCUCAUUUUUUGUUUAAAUGAGGAAGUAAUUUUACCUUUCCAUCUCUAGUUGCAGAGCAAACUCCUGAUUCAGCAGCUGCUGGAGGUUCUUCUUGGACGGGUUGGGCUGUCAGUUCACUGACAUCCAAACUCUACCGGGGAGGGAGUAUUCCUGCUGCUGGAGCUCCUGAACACGCCAAAACAGUUGACAAGGACAAAAACCUAGGUAUGACUAUGUACAGUGCCAGUCCAAAGACCAGCCCAGUGUGUAGUAAACACCUUACUUUUCUUUCCAUUUAAAAAAAAUCAGUAAAACGCGAAUGUUUGUAGGCUCGAUUUUAACCGCUCUCCCGAAUCCUUUUUUUGAUCAAGGGUGCUGGCUUUUUGGUCACACCCUUCCAUUUCUGAAGUGCAAACACAACAUCCCCCCCUCCAUGCCUUUACAGCCCAAAUGUACAUUGUACAUGUAGAUUAGCAUCGAUAUGUCAUGUCUUGGCCGGGUUCUUUGCCAUUGCAUCACAAAUUGAUGUCGAAGAAUCCAUCUCAAGGAAAUAAUUAAUAAGAAGCAAUAAUAAGAUUUUUAUAUUGCCUUGCUAUUUAGACUCAACAUCAGUCAGCAAAACAUCAACCGAAAAUCGUCCUAAACCCACACAACCAACAAAAAAUGAAAAGAAUGAGGACUCAGGCAGUGAUUACGGAGGGGAGUGGAGUGAGGAUGAGUGGAAUGAUGCACAGGUAAAAAUUCCUCCCCCAGAGACCCCUCUGUUUGUUUUGAUUUUUUCGGCUUAUUUAUUCUUUUAGAGAAAGGUGCUAUAUUUUGGUGUGAAAUCGCCAUAACCUUGUAUUUCUUGCAAUUGAUUUCUACUUUAGGGAUCUAGUGUUUCUGAAAGACACAAUCAGUUUCAAAUUUAGUUGUUUUUUUUUUUUUUUUGACGUUUUGCGUUAAACAGCACAUCUCGUAUCGCUUCUUUUUCCAUCCGGUGGUAUUAACCAGUAAUUUUUUAUUAUACUUGAGUUGCAUACCCUUACGACAAUGCAUUGAGUGUGUAAAGCCCAAAACCCCAAUUUUUCUCUUUUCGUUUACUAGCCCGACCCAUCCAUUGAUGCAAACGACCGUUAUGGCUUUUUUUUAAUUUCUAUUUUUUCAGGAACCGGACAUAGACGAUCUAAAGAGCGACCUUCUGGCAGCGAAAGAGCAAAUUGCCCAGUUUCAGAAUACAAAGAAAAAACCGGUAUGACCAGUCAGAAAACAGCCGAUGCCUUUGAUCAUUUAAAUCAAGAUUGCAGCUAAAGAGAAAUUGUAGUGUAUGAAGUCUGUAUUUUUUUUGUUUAUGCCCAGUCCCUUAGACAAUCUGCAAAUCUUGCGGCUGAUUUAGACGGAGGAGGGAGUGGCAGCGACUAUGGUGACUGGGAAAAUGAUAACUGGUCCAUAGAUAGCUUUGCUGCACCUUCUGUAACGAGAAAAAUAACACAAAACAAACCACAACAGAUCGCUAAGGUAAGAGAACAAUGAAGACCUUUGGGUGCACGUACCGCUCAAUUAACUCUUGAAAAGAAGAUGCAUAUUCUCUCUUUGCUCCACCGGACUUACUCUCAAUUGACUGUCACUAUAACCUCUCUGAGUGCGUUAGUUGUUAAAUUGCUCUUCACACUUUGGUCUUUACAGCAAACUGGAAGCAGCACAAGCCAUAAAAAGUCUUCUCGCGCAGACGAUGAUACGCUGAUAUCAGAUAUGUUAGGUGAAGCCACUAGUCAGCCUGCCGUUUCAGACAGCGGUUGGGACGAAGACUUUUUCGCCCCAAAGGUAUGGUGAGAGAUAAUUUUUUUAUUCCUGUGUGGUAAAGGCAAAUCUUUGUUUCCAAUUUUUUCCCCUAAAUCAUACAUAAUACUGAUCAUUUUCUAACCAAGGCAUAGAAAAGCUAACCGUGUUAUUUAUUUGUUCGUUUAUUUUUAUUUUUAUCCCAUUUUCCGGCAAUAACGGACUAAAUACCCUCGCUAGGAUUCCGUGUUAAUGAUGCUCUGGUAAGCAAAAUUUCUCGUCACUUGUAGGUGAAAACCAAGUCAGCUGCGGGACAAAGAUCUGGAGUCCACGGCAAGAACAGACCUCCCCUGUCACAAGACACUGAAAGGAACGCGUGGGAUGACGGAGACUGGGGAUCAUUUGACGAAUCACCGCUGACCAGCACUGUCCCUGCGAAAGAAUCCCAAACUAAUAAGUCCCCGGAUGGUGGAUGGGAGGAAGACGACUGGGGUAUGGAGGACUGGGGACAAGACAAACCCAGUAAAGCGGAACUUGCAAAAAAGAGAAGAGAAGAACGGCGGCAGAAACUGCAGGCUCAGAAAGAAAAACGAGCCGCCGGAGGAAAGGGACCAAUGAAACUCGGUGCAGUGAAAAUGCAGUGAAAAUUGGUCGGAAACAAAUUGGGAUGGCAGGUGGUGCAGAGUGAGGCAGAACUAAGUCAGAUUCGAGGAAACAAGCUAAUGAAGGGAAGAUGUUCAGCAAUUGCCUCUUCGUCGACAGGCAAAAUGUGCUUUGUUUUGAAGAGAAAAAAUUACCACUCAAUGUAUGAAUGAAGAAAAUCAGGCGAAUGAAAGGACCUGAAGAAUGGCGAAUAACAGAACUGUCAAUUGUUAUUUGUAUUGACUGUGCAAAGAGAAGAUGCUUUGCGGAUUAAGGCUAUUGUUAACUCUGCUUUUGUAUGUCAGGGCAAUGCAUAUACGUGAUUGUUUGACCCAGAAGUGAAACUGGCGCAAUCUCACCACAUGCAUUUCUCGUCCGUCCUGUUUGUUCACUUUACCGUAUUUCUGUGAAGAGAAUCAUAGAUAUUAUCAUAUUUCAAUUGAUAUGUUGAUCUAAGGUGGCGUAUCUAGUAAUCAUGCACAGUGGCCUCUUCCAAAGCGGUGGUGUCUUCUUUAGUGCUUCCCCCCUAAAAGAGUUAUUUUUUCGAAAAAUGUCUAUCUUAAGAGAAAUGUUGACCUUCUUAGAGAUUUUCAAAUAGAAGAGCGAGAUGAAUGAAAAUGCACCUUGAGAAAGAAAAGACCUUUCUCAAGAUCCUGUAGCGCUUAAAAGUUUUUAGCUCUCUUCAUACGUGAAACGAUCUCAACGCUCUCAGUAGUUCCCAAGCGACGAGUGUCCUGAUUCUGUCCUUUGGAAACAUUUUACACUUGCAUAGGAAUCACCACGGCACUGAAAAAAGCUGGUCAGUAGCGAACAACUUAGCCUAUGACGAAGCUCUUGUUUGUUUUUUUGCACGUUUCAGCGAGUCGCGCCAUAGCGUACAAUGCGCCAACAAGAAAGAAAGCAGGCUAUUCUUUCUAAUCUCCGCCGGCUCAUAACUCGUAGAAAGAAAACAAGCGAGAGAUUCCCCUUAGGCUAUGAUCAGCCAAGGCCGUGUGGGUAGGAAAAUGUAAUAAGCUCUAGUAUAGUUGAGCAUGAGUUUUUGAAAUUAUAAUUUUAAUUUCGAAAAUUUCAGUUAUGGUUUAACUAUAAAUUUCUUAUUACAUGUAGCUGGGCUCUCUUUGCUCAAAAUAUUGCUUCUUACAGAGGAAAAAUAAAUUAAUUUUCUUG